AUGGCCGCGCGGUCACAGGGGGCUACGGCCCAAAUGAAUUAUGCAGCCGGCUCCACAGCCGGCAGCACUUUCCGCGAAGUUGCUUCGAAUCUGGCGAACGAGCUCGUGGCGCAGCUCACGCAGGAGCACACGCGCGAGGUCACCGCCAUGUAUCAGGAGGUCAUUGCACUACGAAACGAGCUUCAGCGAGUAGCCGAGCUGAUGCAGGGCUACAUGCAGCGAGAGAAGCAGCUACAUGAAAUGAUGGAGCAGCUCACGAGUACUUACCAGGAGGCGACAGCUCACUUCCAUGUGGCGCACUCCAACUUCAACGAUCAUGCCACGACCGCGGCAGCGUCUCAUGAUCAGCAGCGAAGGGCUCUUGCAGAUCCGAUGCGAGACACAGAGUUGGAGCUCCAGAGGAUCAAUGCAUUGCUGGCUCAGCCGCCAAUUCCGCCACCGGACUUACCGUCGCACUUGCACCAAGGAUGCCGAUCUGCUCCGCCUCCGCGGUCCGCGGUGGCUCCAGUCAGUACAGGUUUUCGAGGACAGCCGAUGCAGCCUGUUGGUUGCAGGAGCAAUAUGCAGCUGAACGUAUGA